UAAAUAAAUAGCGAUAUAUCAGAAAUAUGUAAUAUUUUAUAAAUCUAAAAGCGUUAUAAGUAAUUAUAGUGAUUCAUGACAAACGUUUUACACCACAGUAACUUCCUUGGGUACAUAUUUUUUUCCGUAAUUACAUAUGAGGUGCUAGACCUUUGAUCUGACAUUUAAUUGAUUGUUUUCAACUGUCAAGAAAAGAAAAAUGGUUUAUUUCGUUACCAUGGCAGAUAUCGAUUAUUACAAAUAACAUUUAAGUACCGAAGUGCCUGUCAGUACCCCUUACGUACAAAGUUUAGUGUUUAGCAAAAGAUAUGUCCGAUUUCAAACAGGAACGCGUAGAUGUGGAGUUCGACAAUUUCAUGUACAGGGUGCACGAAGUUAACAGCAUCGUUAAAAAACUUGCGUCCAAAGACAAAAUCCUGAAUCACAUGGGCACUUUGGAAGCCGACAAGUUCCUAAAGGACAGCGGAAAAAAAUUGCCAGAAGAUAUAAGCGAAGAUGAUAUACAGGUUCAAAUAAAAACCGACAAAUCCGUUAUUAAUCACGAAGCUUUCAGAAGGGAGGAUAAUCCGGAAACGAUGUCCCAGGAACAGUUUAUGAAACAAGUUGAAAAAGAUGCAAAUCAAAGGUUUCAAGAUAGACAGAUAAAGAAAGAGAAGUGUGAAACUUUAAAAACUCAAGCUGUUAAAGCGUUUCGACGGGGUGAAUUUGAAAAAGCUCUCAGCUGUUACAAUAAGGUCGACUUCAAAGAGUACAUCAUAUAAUAUAGGGUUGUUCGGAAAGUCAUUUCGUU